AUGGAACUCGAUGUAAAACUUUCCCUCCUCCCAAAGAACUGGAUAUUUGAAGAAAAAACAGAACUAAAUGAGUCCCCCCGUCCGAAUCUGGGGAAAGAUGCCAGUCUUUGGAAUGACGAGGUCGGGACGAUGCUGAAAAUGAUGCUUGAGAUGGCUGGCUACCCGGAGAACUCGAGGAAAACUCACUCCCACUUCUUUCAGGAAUCAGUGUCUCAUUCCCUAGGUCAGCACCCGAGAGGCACUGGAGCACCACAUUGGAAGAGCUUCAUGACAGACGAUCAUACACCCGUCGAGCUCAGCUGGUGCUGGUCAAGUCAACUCGAUACUCCAACCGUUCGGUACUCAGCGGAGCCUGUGGGGAAAUGGGCAGGCCAGCCUGCUGAUCCCACCAACACAGCUACCAGUCUGAGACUACUGGGUGACGCUCUUCAAGUAUCUCCAGAGAUGGACCUCUAUCUACAUCGACAUUUUCAACGAAAACUCGUGUCAAGCCAAACAAACGCGAAAGACACGGAGCAAAACCCCCACUCGCAACGUUUCAUCGCCUUCGACCUACUGGAGAAUACAAUCAUUGUCAAGCAAUAUUACUUGCCAUUUUGGAUGGCCAUCGAGAAGAAAAUGUCGAAGUUUGCUCUUGUCGCGGAUGCUAUUCAAGACAUUCCAUCAUUGGGAACAUCCUUGUUGAGUUCCUUCGCGGUAUUCACAGAUUUCAUUAAAUCAUUUCCCAGGGAUGCGCGCCCGGAGAUCGAGAUAAUGGCAAUUGAUUGUCUUGAUCCUUCCAAGUCGCGAAUCAAGGUCUAUAUUCGAUCACAAGAAACAACACUACAAAGCGUGUUGGAGAUAUUGACCAUAGGGGGGAAAUCACCCAAGACCCUGGAAGAAGCAGAUUCCUUAAGAGAAUUAUGGCAUUCUGUGUUUGGCCUGAGUGAACAGCAGAGUGAUCAAAACCCACUUCCAGAAAACCACCACCGCACUGGGGGUAUUCUCUACUACUUUGAAUUCAAAAGUGGAGUCACUCUGCCUAAGACCAAGGUCUACCUCCCUGUGCGCCACUAUGCACAGAAUGAUGGGCAAAUUGCGAGAGGUCUUUCGGAAUAUCUUGACCGCAGAGGAAAACGAUUGGCGAGUGGGUCUUACGUUGAUGGAGUGCAAUCGCUUUGCAAACACAGAAAUCUGUGUGAUGGACUUGGACUUCACACAUAUAUCUGCUGGGCGUCGGAGAACAGCUCUUGGAAUGUGACUGCAUAUUUCAACCCUGAAGUCUACCACCCAAAUCGUGGCUAA